CGCGCCGCCUUACAUAACGCACGCGCGCUCGCGUUCCCUAAACUCGUAUCGACGAAUGUUUAUUUGUUAUUAUAGUUAACAAUUCCAGUUGCAUUCUGCAUUCCUUAGUCAAAUUUAUUUACAUAUUAAGUACGUUGAAACAGUGUUUCAUAAAAUUCUACAAUUCCUACAUGAGCUGUGAUCGUGAUUUUAAACGUUUUGAAAAAUAAUAAAACGGCAAAAUAAACCUGUACGACAACGGGUCGAAAUGAGUGGAUUGACCAUCAGAGUUAAAAGAGGAUCGAGGGGUAGUGCAACUCUUCUCGAAGCAGCUAACAGGAUUCUUAGGCUACUAGGCGUUAGCUCGUCAAAGCGCGGGAAACAGCCCUCACCCAAAUCUAAGACGAGUGGCCGAACCACUAACGAGGUUAAGGCCCCUAUUGCAGCAGCCGAAAUCGUCGUAGAAUCUCCAGCUAAGAUGCAAGCAUCGCCCGCUCCUACAGCGGCGCCCACGUCGUCCCCCGCACCCAGUCAGUCAAUCAAACCCACGAAACGAACAGCCAAAGACUACAUUUUCGGAAAACUUAUUGGAGACGGAAUGUUUAGCACAGUGUUCCUAGCUAAAGACAUACACAGUGGAAAAGAGUAUGCAAUUAAAGUUUGCGAAAAACGUCAUAUCAUCCGAAAAAAGAAAAUGGAAUACAUCAAACGGGAGAAAGAUGCCUUAAAUAUGCUUUUCAAAGUUCCACAUGGUUUUGUCAAACUAUAUUGCACGUUCCAAGAUGUUGAUAGAUUAUACUUCGUAUUGUCGUACGCGAAGAAUGGCGAAUUAUUGUCGUAUAUUAAUAAAGUUGGGUCUUUCGAAUUAAACGUAGCAAAAUUUUAUGCAGCUGAACUAUUAUCGGCAUUAGAGAAAAUGCACGCUAAAGGAAUAAUCCACCGAGACCUAAAACCUGAAAAUAUUCUACUGGAUGAGAAUAUGCAUUUGCAAAUUGCCGAUUUCGGAACGGCAAAAAUUAUGGAUCCAAAAGAAAUUAAAUCUGCUCCUGUGGUCCAAGAAGAGGAUCCAACAAGGAACGAACGUUCUAGGAAAAUUAGUUUUGUUGGGACACCACAAUAUGUGAGCCCCGAACUUCUGCAUAACUGUGUAGACACCCGCACUUCCGACCUGUGGGCGUUAGGUUGCAUCAUCUACCAAAUGAUCUCUGGAUUACCGCCUUUCCGCGCCGCUACAGAGUUUCUUACUUUCCAGAAAAUCCUGAAAAUGGACUAUGAAUUUCCUGAAGGCUUUCCCGCUGAUGCUAAAGAUUUGGUUGAAAAAUUGUUAGUUUUGGAUCACACCAAGAGAAUAGGAGCUAACGACAAGGGUGAUACGUACGAAAGUAUACGAAGUCAUCCAUUCUUCGCUGGAAUUGAUUGGGAAAAUAUUUGGGAACAAACCCCACCGACAAUUAGUCCCUAUUUACCCGGAGGCUCAUUCGAAGAAGAAUACAACAUCCCUGAUCACCUGGAACCUGGUUUGGGCAACAAUCAACUCGUGCGUCUGUGGGAAUUCGACUUAUCUACAUCUAAAGGUAUAUUAGACAUCAGUCCUGAAGAGAAGCGUCGACGCUUGGAAAUUCAAUCACGUGAAAAUAAAUGGCAUCAAUUUGUCGAUGGAGAAUUAAUAUUAAAACAAGGCUAUGUGGACAAAAGAAAGGGACUGUUUCCUCGUCGUCGUAUGCUUUUACUCACAACCGGCCCUCGUCUCUUCUAUGUGGAUCCCACUAACAUGAUCCUUAAAGGAGAAAUUCCUUGGUCACCCGAGCUACGUGUAGAAGCCAAAAACUUUAGAAUAUUUUUGGUGCACACGCCUAAUCGUACCUACUAUCUUGAAGAUCCCGAAUCGUACGCGCUAGAAUGGACGCGCGUAAUAGACGAGGUUCGCAUCGGGACAUACGGGCGAGAUACGACUUAAGCAGGUGCGACGUUGCCUCGAGUCGCGCCCGCGCCGCCGCCGCGGCCCCUGGGACUCGCGCCCGUACCCUCCCGCCCCCCGCUCGGCGCGUGCACACAUCUAGGGUACUGUAAGCCUUGUAUCCAGUACGGAGACAGGUCAGCCUCAGUCUUCGCGACGAGAUAUCUCCUCGAGCGUUGCACUGGCCGAGCGCCGUGGGCGUUAAGCGCCGUCACAUGUUGCAGCGGGCUAAUGAGCCCGCACCUACGGAGACGCCACGAGACGACAUCGGCCACACCAACCGCUGUUGAAAACUGAAUGACUGAUUCCUAUUAUUAAUUAGUAUAUAUCCCGACUAUCUUAACAUAAAUUAUUCUAAUUAAGUCCUUAUUUAAUAGUGGAUAUUGGUGAUGUGUAAAUAUUUGUCUUAAAUUAUUAUUAUUGUAAUCGCUUAGGAUAGAGAGUUAUGUGUAUUCGUGGACCGUUGUAGUCUUACACGGACCUCUGUAAGAAUGGACUUGUUAUUGACCACCUGCGUGUUCACAAAGCCCGUUCCGGUUGGUAACUAGGCAAUUUAUAGCUAAAUUAAAUAUUUAUUUUUAUUUUUAUUCUUUGCCAACGGAAUGUGUCUGCUGUACAGUAAUAACAGUAGGAAAUUAUAAUCGGCCUGUUUCCAUGUUUUGCGUUGUGUAUCGCAAAAGUAUGUUAGUUAAAUUCGUUGAUCUUUUCGUGUGAUAUAAUAACACGACGUGAAACAGUUAGGGCUUAAAAUGGCUGUUUUACACAUACUUCGUGAGACUGGAAACGGUCUGAUGUAAGGAGUAUAGCUUCUAAAGGUGUCAGCCAGAAUCGACAUCCCAUGAGAUAAUGAUAGUGUCGAUGUGAGCUGGCUUCUCGCUCUCCGCACGUCGUCGAGAGCAAUGCUUAUUAUAUUCGUGCAUUAUAACCAUGCACUAUAAUCCUAAUUUAGAAAAGGUAUACGGAAAAAAUCGCUACUCAAGGUGAUAAAUUAUGCUAUUGGAAUGCUAUAGUAAUUAUUCAAAUUCUUAAAUAUUGUUAAUUAUAAAAU